ACACGAAGCCAGACAGACACUUGCAGACGCUGCGUUGUUUUGAAUCGUUAUCGUCCAGUAGCUGGCUAAAAGUGCAUUCGUGUUUUAUAAAUUAAUUCUUAUGAUGGCCGGUACAUUAACUAAACUCAGUGGAAAUAUUAAAUACGUGAAAAAACAGAAUAAUAAUAUUUUUAGACAAUUUUUGACAACAAAGAAUUAUGCCACAAGGGUCCAAGCAGCUAAGCCAGUGGUCGAAAUGGAUGGUGACGAGAUGACUAGGAUCAUCUGGGCUAAAAUUAAAGAGCAACUCAUUUUUCCAUAUGUUAAGGUAGAAUGUUUGUAUUAUGAUUUGGGUUUGCCACAUAGAGAUGCCACCGAUGAUAAAGUAACUGUGGAUGCCGCUCAAGCAAUUUUAAAACACAAUGUCGGCAUAAAAUGUGCGACAAUUACCCCUGAUGAGGCAAGAGUAGCUGAAUUUAAAUUAAAGAAGAUGUGGCUCAGUCCAAAUGGAACCAUUCGUAAUAUACUGGGCGGAACAGUGUUCCGUGAACCCAUUCUUUGUAAAAAUAUACCUCGUCUUGUACCUGGAUGGACUAAACCUAUUAUAAUAGGCCGUCAUGCGCAUGGUGAUCAAUAUAAAGCUAAAGAUUUUGUAGUAAAUGAACCUGGUUUAGUAGAAAUGGUAUUUACCAGCACUUCAGGAGAAGAGAAACGAUAUGAACUUUUCCAGUAUAAGGCUGGUGGUGUAGCGUUAGGAAUGUACAAUACUGACGAAUCUAUUAGAUCGUUUGCUCAUUCGUCUUUGCAAAUGGCAUACAGUAAGAAAUGGCCACUAUAUUUGUCCACAAAAAAUACAAUAUUGAAACGUUAUGACGGCAGAUUUAAGGACAUUUUCCAAGAAGUUUAUGAGAAGGAUUACAAAAAGAAGUACGAAGAAGCAGGAAUCUGGUAUGAACAUCGUCUUAUUGAUGAUAUGGUUGCUCAAGCAUUGAAGUCUUCCGGAGCAUUUGUGUGGGCAUGCAAAAACUAUGAUGGUGAUGUACAGAGUGACAUUGUUGCACAAGGAUAUGGAUCUUUAGGUAUGAUGACUUCAGUACUCAUGUGUCCUGAUGGUAAAACAAUUGAGUCUGAGGCGGCUCAUGGCACAGUCACUCGUCAUUAUAGGCUGCACCAAAAAGGGCAGUCAACAUCAACAAAUCCAAUAGCGUCCAUAUUUGCCUGGACCCGCGGUCUAGCUCACCGGGCAACGUUGGAUGAUACACCAGAACUUCUACAAUUUGCAAAUGCUUUAGAACAAGCAUGUGUCGAUUGCGUGGAGAGUGGAAGAAUGACUAAAGAUUUAGCAGCUUGUAUUCAUGGACUUCCAAAUGUUACAGAUGACAUGUAUUUGAACACAACAGAUUUUCUAGAAGCGAUUGCAGAGCAGCUAGAAUUGACGCUAAAGAAAAAAUCAGUCAGAAUAUAAAAUACAAUUUUUCACUUUGUACAUUUUCAUGACAUUUCAUAUAUUCAUUUAUAUAAUUUAAAUCUAAAACUCUUAGAAUAGUUUACAUUAAGAAACAAAUUUUAUAAUUCAUCUAC